UAAAUAAACUUAACACUUCGUCAUUAUCCAAACCCUGCAAGAACUUUCCCCAAUUUCGGCAACCCAAUUCUCCAUUCCAAAACCCUAAAAUCACCAAAACCGUUUCCAACCCAAUGAGUUACCGUAACGGCGCCGCAAUACUCUCAAGAGCCAACAGAAUCAAAUCAAAGCUUCAAUCCUCCCUCGAAGCCACCGUUCUGGAGGUAGACGACGUGUCGUAUCAGCACGCCGGUCACGCCGCAAUGAAAGAUACUUCCGAUAAAGAAACUCAUUUCAACUUGAAAAUCGUUUCUCCCAAAUUCGAAGGUCAGAGUCUUCUUAGACGACACCGUUUGGUCUAUGAUCUUCUCUCUGACGAGCUUCAAUCUGGACUUCACGCGCUUUCUAUUGUCGCCAAGACGCCGAAUGAAGUGGCCAAUACUACGAAAUGAUACGGUGCGUUUUGGGAAUUGUUUCAAGUUUUGAUUUUUUUUUUUAUUGUUGUUGAAUAACCUUAGUGAAUCAUUGUAGUAUAUGUUUUCCAAUGUUCUAUAUGAUUAUUAGAAUAAAUUGUCAUUUUUGUAUCUAA